UUGACAGGCGGCUAAAAUAUCCAGUCAACUCGAAGGACCGCAGAAUAUAGACGUCAGAGUUGACGUUCAGUCAGCGGUGGGCGGAAGCUACGGAACUUCAUACCGCACAGCCUGCGGUUUCCAAGUACUGGAGUUUUGUACAUAGGUACCUGGUAUCAUGGCGACCAGACGGGCUCUGAAGGCAGUGCUGAUUGAUCUGAGUGGAACCCUCCAUGUAGAAGACACAGCCGUGCCUGGAGCACAGGACGCCCUCCACAGGUUGCGUCAGUCCUCUGUAGCGGUGAAGUUUGUGACCAACACCACUAAGGAGUGUAAGAGGAACCUUGUGGAGCGUCUCCACAGUCUGAACUUUGACAUCCAGGAGCAGGAGAUCUUCACAUCCCUGACAGCAGCCAGGAGCCUCGUGGAGCAGAGACAACUACGCCCCCUACUGCUGGUGGCGGACAGUGCACUGGAGGACUUCUCAGGUAUGGAGACAUCCGAACCCAACGCUGUGGUGAUAGGCUUAGCUCCAGACCAUUUCAACUACCAGACGCUAAACAAAGCAUUCAGGCUGGUUCUAGACGGGGCCCCCCUCAUAGCCAUCCAUAAGGCCAGGUAUUAUAAGAGGAAGGAUGGUCUGGCGCUGGGCCCCGGAGCCUUUGUGACAGGGUUAGAGUACGCUACAGACUGUCAAGCCACCGUUGUGGGGAAGCCUGAGGGGACAUUCUUCCUGGAGGCUCUGAGGGACAUUGGCUGUUGUCCUGAAGAGGCCAUCAUGAUUGGAGACGACGCCAGAGACGACGUGGGCGGGGCUCAAAACAUUGGCAUGCUGGGAAUUGUAGUCAGAACCGGUAAAUACAGAGUGGGAGAUGAGGGUAAAAUUAAUCCUCCACCAUACCUGACCUGUGACAGCUUCCCUCAAGCUGUGGACCACAUCCUCCAACACAUCCUUUAACUAUGACUCUCUCACUAUUAGAUCAUUUAGACAUGGGUAUAUCUCAUCAUGUUGCAGUCCCACACCUCCUCUAGUCCCACACCAGACUAACACCUCCUCUAGUCCCACACCAGACUAACACCUCUAGUCCCACACCAGACUGUAACACCUCCUCUAGUCCCACACCAGACUGUAACACCUCCUCUAGUCCCACACCAGACUGUAACACCUCCUCUAGUCCCACACCAGACUGUAACACCUCCUCUAGUCCCACACCAGACUAACACCUCCUCUAGUCCCACACCAGACUAACACCUCCUCUAGUCCCACACCAGACUAACACCUCCUCUAGUCCCACACCAGACUAACACCUCCUCUAGUCCCACACCAGACUAACACCUCCUCUAGUCCCACACCAGACUAACACCUCCUCUAGUCCCACACCAGACUAACACCUCCUAGUCCCACACCAGACUGUAACACCUCCUCUAGUCCCACACCAGACUGUAACACCUCCUCUAGUCCCACACCAGACUGUAACACCUCCUCUAGUCCCACACCAGACUAACACCUCCUCUAGUCCCACACCAGACUAAAUGAAUAGGUAGUGUUAGGUUUCUGUGUUGAUGAAUAGGUAGUGUUAGGUUUCUGUGUUGAUGAAUAGGUAGUGUUAGGUUUAUGUGUUGAUGAAUAGGUAGUGUUAGGUUUAUGUGUUGAUGAAUAGAUACUGGGAUAACAAGACUGCAUCAAACCUUUGCACUUGUGAAGAGUGUUUAAAAUGGCAUUUUCUGAAAAAUGUCUUGUGUGUAAUCAUGUUUAUAAAAAGUGAUCAUGACUAGUACUA